AUGGCGGCCAACGGAACAUCUGGGGCGCCUACCAAGGUGGCCAUUCUGGGCAAGGAGUCGAUCGUUGUCGACUACGGAAUCUGGCAGAGCUACAUCGCCGACGACCUCGUCAAAAACAUCCCGUCGUCCACGUACGUGCUCAUCACCGAUACGAACAUUGGCCCGACCUACAUCCCCACGUUCGAAAGGGCCUUCGCUGCCGCUGCCUCGGCCAGCGCAAACAAGCCACGGCUGCUUACAUACACGAUCCCCCCUGGCGAGAACUCGAAGUCGCGAAACACAAAGGGUGUGGUGGAGGACUGGCUCUUGUCGCAAGGAUGCACGCGCGACACUAUCAUUAUCGCCUUGGGCGGCGGCGUCAUUGGCGACAUGAUUGGCUUUGUCGCUGCGACCUACAUGCGCGGCGUCAAGUUUGUUCAGGUCCCCACGACAUUGCUGGCCAUGGUCGACUCGAGCAUUGGCGGCAAGACAGCCAUUGACACACCAGCCGGCAAGAACCUUGUCGGGGCCUUCUGGCAGCCUGAGCGCAUCUACAUCGACCUCCAGUUCCUCGAGACUUUGCCAAAGCGCGAAGUCAUCAACGGUAUGGCCGAGGUGGUCAAGACGGCUGCGAUCUGGGAUGAGAAGGAGUUCACAACACUAGAGGGCAACGCCAGCACAAUUCUGGCAGCACUGGACCAGAAGACGGAGAACGGGAGAAGGAACUUCGACAGCAUUGCGACUAUCUUGAAGCGCAUCGUUCUCGGUUCCGUGCGCGUCAAGGCAGAGGUCGUCUCUGCUGACGAGCGCGAGGGUGGCCUGCGCAACUUGCUAAACUUUGGUCACUCGAUCGGCCACGCGUUCGAGGCUAUUCUGACGCCCCAGAUUCUCCACGGCGAGGCGGUCGCUAUUGGUAUGGUCAAAGAGGCGGAGCUGGCGCGUUACCUGGGCGUCUUGGAUCCUUCUGCGGUGGCGCGUCUCACCAAGUGCAUUGCUAGCUACGGUCUGCCCACAUCGCUCGGGGACAAGACUGUGCGCAGGAGAACCGCAAACAAGCAUUGCCCUGUCGACGAGCUCAUCAAGAUCAUGGCCGUCGACAAAAAGAACUCAGGCAGCAUCAAGAAGGUCGUCCUUCUGUCCGGCAUUGGCCGUACCUACGAGAAGAAGGCUAGCACAGUCGCUGACCGGGACAUCAAGAUCGCUCUCUCGCCCAGCAUUUCCGUGCACCCCGGCAUUCCGAGCCAUUUGAACGUCACCUGCACGCCUCCUGGAUCAAAGAGUAUCUCGAACCGAGUUCUUGUGCUUGCGGCGCUGGGUUCCGGAUCAUGCCGUAUCAGUAACUUGCUGCAUUCUGAUGAUACACAGGUCAUGUUGGACGCAAUUGCGAAACUGCAAGGUGCUAGCUUCUCAUGGGAAAACGAUGGCAAGGAGCUAGUGGUCACUGGAAAUGGUGGUGACCUCAAGGCCACGAACGACGAGCUUUAUCUCGGAAACGCUGGUACAGCAGCACGUUUCUUGACCUCUGUGACGGCACUUGCGCAGCCUGUUGAGGGUGUCACAUCAACUAUCGUCACUGGCAAUGCCAGGAUGAAGGAACGUCCAAUCGGCCCGCUCGUCAAGUCACUGCGUACUAUGGGCAUUGACAUUGAUUACCAGGAGAACCAGGGCAGUCUGCCACUGCGCAUUGCAGCCUGUGGUGGCUUUGGUGCCAGCGAGGGAGACAAAGCGUUCACUGGUGAAAUCGAGCUUGCGGCGACAGUUUCUUCGCAGUAUGUCUCCUCCAUCCUGCUGUGCGCGCCUUAUUCCAAGAAGCCAGUCACUCUUCGUCUUGUAGGCGGCAAGCCGAUUUCGCAGCCGUACAUCGACAUGACCAUCGCUAUGAUGGCUUCAUUCGGCGUACAAGUUGAGAAGUCUUCUUCAGAGGCGAACACGUACCACAUUCCCAACAAGCCUUACUCAAAUCCUGCCGAGUAUGUUGUCGAGAGUGAUGCUAGUUCUGCCACAUAUCCCUUGGCUAUUGCGGCCAUCACAGGAACCACCUGCACUGUACCCAACAUUGGUUCGAGCUCCUUGCAGGGCGAUGCUCGUUUCGCCAUUGAAGUGCUGAGGCCAAUGGGCUGCAAGGUGGAGCAGUUAGCUAACUCGACAACGGUCACUGGGCCACCGCGAGGUGAGCUGAAGGCUGUCAAGGAGAUCGACAUGGAGCCGAUGACCGAUGCUUUCCUCACGGCAUCCGUCCUCGCCGCUGUUGCAUCAUCUAACGGCACAUCGACUACAACGCGCAUUUACGGUAUUGCCAAUCAGCGUGUCAAGGAAUGCAACCGCAUCCAAGCCAUGGAGGAUGAGCUUGCCAAGUUCGGUGUUACCUGCAGGCAGUUUGAUGACGGUAUUGAGGUCGAUGGAAGAGGCUACGAGCUCAAUGCGCCAAGGGAGGGUAUCCACUGCUACGACGAUCACCGUGUUGCCAUGAGCUUUGCCGUUCUGUCGUUGGUUGCGCCUAAGCCCGUACUCGUUCUCGAGAAGGAGUGUACUGGCAAGACAUGGCCCGGCUACUGGGACUCGCUCAACCAGAUCUUCAAGGCCGAACUUGAUGGCGUAGAGCUACCUCACAAGGCGAUUCACGACACUAGGAUUGGCUCGACCGUCAAGGACAAGUCUAUCUUCUUCAUCGGCAUGCGCGGUGCCGGUAAGACAACAACAGGCGGAUGGGCUGCUCGUCUUUUGGGGUGGCCGCUGAUUGAUCUUGACACCGCUCUUGAGGAGCAUCUUGGCAUGACCAUUCCAGAGCUCAUUAAGGAACGGGGCUGGGACGGUUUCCGUGCCGAGGAGCUGAAGAUUCUGCAAAAGACUAUGAAGGAAAAGCCCACUGGUCAUGUCUUCGCGUGCGGUGGUGGCAUCGUCGAGAUUCCUGAAGCACGUAAGAUCUUCGUUGACUACCAGAAGAGCAACGGAGUCGUUUUGUUAGUUUCUCGAGACAUCACCAAGGUCAUGGACUUCCUUCAAAUCGACAAGACACGCCCAGCCUACGUCGAGGACAUGAUGGGUGUUUGGCUGCGACGAAAGCCUUGGUACCUUGAGUGCAGCAACUACCUAGUGAACAGCCAAAGUUCGGAUGCUCAAGGCUUCGUCCGAGCACUCGAAGAUUUCGGUCGCUUCCUCAAGAUGAUCACUGGACGCACAUCAGCGUUGAAGUCGAUCGGGAAGAGGAGACAGUCCUUCUUCGUUUGUCUUUCAGCGCCCCAGGUCGAGCCUCUACAGAAAGACAUGGCUGAGAUCACAGUUGGUGCGGAUGCUGUAGAAUUGCGCGUCGACCUUCUUGAGGACCCCAAGUCGCCGAAAGGACUGCCUUCACCUGAGUUCGUUAUCGAGCAGUUGACUGCUCUGCGCCGGGCCACAUCUCUGCCAGUCAUUUUCACGAUCAGAACCAAGGCGCAAGGCGGCAAGUUCCCUGAUGAGGCCUACAGCGAGGCUCGUGAACUGUACCAGACAGCUCUUCGACUAGGCUGCGAGUUCUUAGAUUUGGAAAUGACCAUGCCUGAGUACAUCCUCCGUGAGGUCACAGAGCAGAAGGGCCACACGAGCAUCAUCGCCAGUCAUCAUGACCCUAGAGGCGAGCUGAGCUGGGACAAUGGCUCCUGGAUUCAAUACUAUAACCGUGCUCUGCAGUACGGUCAUGUCAUCAAGCUCGUCGGUGUGGCCGAAUCUCUGAAGGACAACUUUGCUCUUGCUGAGUUCAAGUCGUGGGCAGCGUCUGCCCACCCAGUUCCCCUCAUUGCUAUUAACAUGGGCGAGCACGGCAAAUUGAGCAGGAUACUCAAUGGCUUCAUGACACCUGUCUCUCAUCCACUGCUGCCUUCAGCCACCGCGCCAGGUCAACUGACGGCUGCUGAUAUCCGCGGUGGUCUGUCGUUGAUGGGCGAGAUCCAGCCCAAGAAGUUCUGCAUCUUCGGCUCACCAGUCCAACAAAGCCCGAGCCCGCGUCUGCACAACAGGCUCUUCCGCGAGACAGGGCUACCGCACAACUACACAAUCGUCGAGACUGCUGACACAACACCAAUUAAGGAUAUCAUUCGCGCGCCAGACUUCGGUGGCGCCAGUGUUACCAUUCCGCUCAAGCAGGACGUAGCUCCUCUAUUGGACGGUGUGGGCCCUGAAGUCGAGGCUAUAGGUGCUCUUAAUACCAUCGUGCCAGAGACAACGAUCGACGAGGCCACCGGCAAGGAAGUCACGCGCCUCAUCGGCCGCAAUACAGACUACCUUGGUAUGGUCCUUGUCUUGAAGAACGCUGGCGAUCAACGUUUGCCUGGUGAGCAGCACUCCGGUCUCGUCAUUGGCGGCGGAGGAACUAGCCGCGCAGCCAUCUACGCACUGCACGAGAUGCAAUACAGCCCAAUCUACCUUCUUGGUCGCAAUGUCGAAAAGAUGGAGAAGCUCUCAGCCGACUUCCCUGCCGAGUACGACAUCCGCAUCAUCAAAGAUACGGCUACUGUUCAGUCUCUGGAGCGCCUGCCCACUGUUGCAAUCGGCACUAUUCCCGCCGACAAGCCCAUCGACCCCACAAUCCGCGAGGCAUUGAUCGUGCUGUUCGAAAAGGCCAAGACAGCUGAGAGCGCGAGUCAGAGGACUCUACUUGAGAUGGCAUAUAAGCCGCCCGUCACAGCCCUGAUUGAGCUUGCUCAGGAUGCAGGCUGGCAGACUGUCAACGGUCUCGAGGUCCUUGUUGGUCAGGGCGUGCAUCAGUUCGAGUACUGGACGGGCAUCAAGCCGCUGUACGCGAUUGCGAGGGAAGCGGUCCUGAGCGGCUACUAG